AGAGGAAGAGACAGGGAGAGACGAGAGAGGGAAAGAGGGAGAGGAGGGGCCCUGCCCGCCAGCCAAUGCGCCGGGCGCUGCUGCCCGUCGAGCCACGUGUGCCCGCCGCCCCGGGUGGGUAUGAAUGGGAAGCCGGGGCCGCGCCUAGGGACUGGCCACCAUUUCCCCUGGCGCAGAGGCAGAGAGAAGGGGGAGCAGCUCCGAGUCCCUCAUCCCUCCCUCAGUUCCUCCGGAGAAUUGUUCUCCCAAUCCUCCACCGUCCUACUCCCACCCCUUCGCCCUGCCUUCCGCCAGCCCCGGCCGCUUCGAGCCCCCUCGGUCCAGCUGCGCCCCGCCGGCUGGGAGCAGGCGCCUCCCUCGGUGGCGCGUCCGGGGAGCUGCGGGGCCAGCGGCAGCGGGCUGGCUAGCGGCUUGCCCUCCAUCCCACCUGCCCGGAGCUAGCCCGGGCACUGCGUGGUGCUGCUCCCGCUGCCAACUUCGCGCCCGAUCGGGGCCCCAAACCGGCGAGGAGGUUCGGAUUCUCCGGCAGCUUUCUCUCCCACUUUGAAGAUCCGCUCUCUGGGGCGGGGGUGUCUUCUUUUAGCCCCUACUCCGAGCCCCUAGCAGCUGGGGCGCCGGCUCCGCGCCUCUAGGGAGGGGACAGAGAGGACUCAAAGCAGAGCCAACCAGAGAAGCCGACUCUGGACUACCCAGGGCACUGCUUCAUUUCCCAAUGAAUCAUCUUCCCUAGACCCUCUCUUUUUCCCAGGGGAAAUUUAGUACCUACCAUCCCACCCCCUGCCUGGGGCUUCAGAGAACGGCCCUGUCCCAGCCCCCAGCCGCGGAGUUGGAAGGGUCCUGGGGGGCGGGAUAUACGGAAAGGACAAAGAGGUGGCAAGCUUUUUUUAGGGAGAGCGAUACCCAGCCUGAACCUGCAGGACCCAGGGAAGCCGUCGAAAUCUCCAAUUUCUCCAAACGCUCCUUGCUUGAGCCUCCCUCCCACCCCCCCCCACCCCCAUUCCGUGCCCCCUCAUUUCCUUUAAGCCAAUCUACUUGCGAACUCCCAGGGAGAGCCAGGUGCCGGCCAGAGCGAAGAUGAACCCAGGCUCCGAGCAGGGAGCCCCGGCCGCCCUGGGGGUGGUCACCGCCACCUGCGUCUCCAAGGUGGAGCUCCGACUCAGCUGCCGGCAUCUGCUGGACCGCGACCCGCUCAACAAGUCAGACCCCAGCGUGGUGUUGCUAAUGCAGUCCCAGGGCCAGUGGGUGGAGGUGGACAGGACGGAGGUUAUCAAGAGCAGCCUGCAUCCAGUGUUCUCCAAGGUUUUCACCCUGGACUACUACUUUGAGGAAGUGCAGAAGCUUCGCUUUGAGGCCUACGACAUUCAUGGACAUUGCAGCAUUGGGUCCCAGGAUGAUGACUUCCUGGGAGGCAUGGAAUGCACUUUGGGACAGAUUGUGGCCCAAAAGAAGAUGACCAGAGCCCUGCUCCUUAAAAAUGGCAAGCAUGCUGGCAAAUCCACUAUCACGGUGAUAGCAGAGGAAAUCUCUGGGAAUAAUGGUUAUGUGGAACUCUCCUUCCGGGCCAAGAAACUUGAUGACAAGGAUCUCUUUAGUAAAUCAGAUCCUUUCCUGGAGAUCUACCGGAUCAAUGAUGAUCAGAGUGAGCAGCUGGUAUACAGGACAGAGGUUGUGAAGAAUAACCUGAAUCCCGUGUGGGAGACAUUCAAAGUUUCUCUGAACUCACUUUGUAGCUGUGAAGAGAAGAGGCCUCUUAAGUGUCUGGUUUGGGACUACGAUUCUAGAGGGAAACAUGACUUCAUUGGCGAGUUCUCCACCACUUUUGAGGAAAUGCAGAAGGCGCUUGAAGAGGAUAAGGUUCAAUGGGACUGUGUGAACCCCAAGUACAAAGCAAAGAAACGGAACUAUAAGAACUCAGGGGUGGUCAUCCUGUCAGAUCUGAAGAUUCACAGGGUCUACUCCUUCCUGGAUUACAUUAUGGGUGGAUGCCAGAUUCACUUCACUGUGGCCAUUGACUUCACAGCUUCCAAUGGAGACCCCCGCAACAGUUGCUCUCUGCAUUAUAUCAACCCCUAUCAACCCAAUGAGUACCUGAAGGCACUCAUUGCAGUAGGAGAAAUCUGCCAGGACUAUGACAGUGACAAGAAAUUUUCCGCUUUGGGAUUUGGUGCCCGGAUUCCUCCCAAGUAUGAGGUCUCCCAUGACUUUGCCAUUAAUUUCAACCCAGAUGAUGACGAGUGUGAAGGGAUCCAGGGAGUGGUGGAAUCGUACCAGAACUGCCUACCCAAGAUCCAACUCUAUGGCCCUACCAAUGUGGCGCCCAUCAUUACCAAGGUGGCCAGGAUGGCGGCAGCUGAGGAGAGAACUGGGGAGGCCUCUCAAUACUAUAUUCUCCUGAUCCUGACCGAUGGUGUGGUGACUGACAUGGCGGACACGAGGGAGGCCAUCGUCCGUGCCUCUUACCUGCCCAUGUCCAUCAUCAUAGUAGGUGUGGGCAAUGCUGAUUUCACAGACAUGCAGAUUCUGGAUGGGGACGAUGGGGUCCUGCGUUCCCCCAAGGGAGAGCCCGUCCUCCGGGACAUCGUACAGUUUGUCCCCUUCCGAGAAUUCAAGAAUGCUUCUGCAACAGCUCUGGCCAAGUGUGUCCUAGCUGAAGUGCCCAAGCAGGUGGUUGAAUACUACAGUCACAAAGAGCUUCCUCCUCGCUGCCCUAAUAUGGACUCUCCGGAUGCCAGCCCUGGUCCUCCCCAGUGAAGAGGUGCCAUCAGCCUCCAGCCAGUCACUACCCUUCAUAUUUCUUUCCAAUGCUGCGUCUGGAGAUAGGAAGGGAGACAAAAUGGGUCAGGGAGGUGGGAGAGGGGGAAGGUACUUGUUUCCUUUGCCUCUGUUUCAGACACCUCCCAGGGCCUCUCAGAUCGCCCACCCCUUCCCCCAGUGUUCACAUCAGACUUCCCCCCUUUCUCUUGGUCUCCCCCUACAUCUUGUGUUUCCAUGGUGACUUAUUCCAGAGAGGUCUGGACUGGGGACCAUGGCCUGUGUGUAAUGAAAGGAUAACAAGGAAGGGAAAAUCCUGGCUUCUUCCGAUCUAGUCCCAGUGAGAGUCAAUGUCCAAGCAAUAAAAGCUUGGCGUCCCGUCUCCUCAGCUCCAGAAAGACACAGAGUGUGGGAGUGGAGAGCAAGUGGGGAAGAAGGGGAAUUUGGAGACCCAAAGAGCCGGCAGAGUGCGCCUCUCUUCCCUUUUCUACCUCCUAGCCCCAGGUUCCUAUUUUGAAUCCCUUUCCUUUGUGGUAAUGGUGAGAGAGUGGAUACCAAGUUCCAGUGUGACACUUCUUCCUCACAGCUUCCAGGGAGGUCAGACUGACCUGGUUGGCCUUCACCUGGCUAGCUCACCUGACUUGUUCUUCCCAUCCCUCAUCAGUGGGUUCGGGAAUGGAGGAGGCUUGGGAGAAAAAUUAAUUUGUGGGUCUGGGGGAUGAUUCUAGCCUGAAGGAGUUAGAUAAAGCAAUGACUUUACACUCUGUCUAAAGACAGUUACCUUCCUGCUCCCAUCCCCAAAUAAAUUCCCCCAAAGAGUGGGCAUAAGGAAAGACUUUGGGAUUUAUCUUCCUUCCAUUCCAAGAAGACAGGUCUCUCAGAUGCCCAAGUGGCUUCUCUAUUUCUGUGUCUGUCUUUCUCUGUUUCUUUCUCUCUGUGUCUCUGUCUGCCUCUCUCUUAUUCUCCCUGU